CUCCUGUCUGGCUCUUCAAAUCUGAUGUGGCGAAUGCCUAUCGUCUCCUGCCCAUGCACCCGCUCUGGCAGCUGAAACAGGUGGUCCGUAUUGAUGGCGACUGUCGCAUUGACCGAUGCUGCUGCUUUGGGAGCCGGGGCUCCCCCGAUUUGUGGUGUACGUUCAUGAGCCUCGUGCUCUGGAUUGCUAUCCACAUUGACGGGAUCGACAACAUGCUUGCAUAUAUGGAUGACAAUUUCUCUGAGGAUUCAAACCCUGACCUCGUGCGAUACGAGCCAUAUCAGGCAUUCUUCCCUUCUAAGCAGGUCAGGCUCCUUCGUCUUUGGGAUGCGCUGGGGAUCCCGCACAAGCAGCCAAAGCAGGUUUUCGGACGUUCCCUCACUAUCAUUGGUUUUCAUGUCGACUCUGAUGCUAUGACUAUCGCUCUCCCGGACGACGCACGACUGGAUCUGGUCCACUCUAUCCGUGAAUUUGUGCUCGACGCCCCUGCGCGCAAGCGUCCGCUGCGCCGAUGGCAGCGUCUCCUUGGGUGGAUCAACUGGGGCCUGAACGUUCAGCCACUUCUCCGCCCGGCUCUCGCCUCAUCAUACGAGAAGAUGCGUGGGAAGCAGCACCCUGCACGGCCCUUGUACCUCAAUAAGGCAGUCAUCACCGACUUGCUAUGGGUUGCUGAUAUGUUCGAGAAGUACGGUGGCGUUCAUAUCUUGCGUUCUAGGGCGUGGAAGCCCCAUGAGGCCGAGUUGGAAGUGCUGUGCGACGCUUGCCUGACUGGUCUCGGUUUCUGGUCUCCCGCUCGUCAAGAGGGCUUCAUGGCUGCGCUGCCAGUCUCGCCUGAUGCGGUGGAGGAUACAAUCUUCUGGUACGAGUCGCUCUGUGUGCUGGCCGCCCUUCAGUGGGCUGCUGCUUUGCAUCACUGUCCGCGGCGCCUCGCCAUCUACACCGAUAACUUGAACACCGUACAGAUAUUCGACUCUUUCCGGGCGUCAGCACCCUACAACAGCAUUUUGCGUGCCGCGUCUGCUACCUUAAUCGCAUCGGGCAUCGAUCUUCGCGUGUGGCACAUCCCCGGGUCCGAGAACGUCGUUGCUGAUGCGUUAUCUCGCGGCAUGCUCCCGGUGGCCCACUCAUACACUCCCUCUCUGCGGGUGCUCCCCUUUCGACCCCCACAGCUUAAGUCGGGGGCAGCCGAAAAAUGA